AGCAAAAUUAAUCAUUCGGAAGAAAUGAGUUACAUGAACAGAAUGUGGAUGGCCGCCAGCGUCUCCUUCGUCAACGGCCACUCCGACAAAGGGCAGAAGCUGAAAUCCGGCCUCGCUUCCCUCAACCACGGCGGCAAGAAGCGCUUUUUCUCCGCCCCCGAUAUCCGCCCCUUCUCCGGCGCACUCAACACCGAUAUGGAAGGGCUCUCCGCCGCCGCCGACAGGAGGGGCCAGGCGGACGAUUCUCUCCGGCAAGUCAUGUACUUGAACUGCUGGGGACAGAGCUGACCGUCGGAAUCCCCAAAACUGCCCGCAGGGGUAAAAUUGUAAAUUCAUGGAUCCAACCGAGUUCAAUCGCGCUUUCCGAGAUGCUGAAGUGACCCGGAUUUGGGGUGGAAAAUGGGAGAUUUGGGAAGAUGGAGGACCUGAUUGUAAAUUUUGUAAAAUUGAGUAUGUAUAUUGUUUGUAGCAUCAAUGAAGCCAACUUUUUUA